UCACGUCUUGUGUUUGUGAGAUCGUUGUUUAAUGUCGCUUACUCUGUUUGUUUGGCUUCAGUGUUGUCUGCGUUUGGAUGUCCGUGUUUUCCCGGAACCUCAUCCACUCUACGCACUUCCAAUCAGCUACCAACACUUACCUUCGGCUCUAUUCCCCACAGUUCCUGUGUCAUACUCUCCUGCUGCCUUCUCACCGUCAUCAUCCGGAUUCCUCACCACCUCACCACCAUCUUGGAUUGUUGUCUUCCCAGCAUCAUUGUCUUUUUCCUGUUUGUUUAUUUAUUUUCAUUAAAUCGUCUAACUCGCUAUUGUUUCCAGUCCUUCCUUCGCCCCACCGUCACAGGAUCAAUGAAGAAGUUUCCUCUUCUUCUCUCGGAUUGAAAGCUGAUCCAAAUCUUUGACCACAGGCCACUUUAGAUCUCGGAUUACAAAGUAGAUGAAGCAGGUUUGGCAAAGGCAGGUGGUUUGCCUGUUUUAGCGUGUCUUAUACAGUGUGGCUGGACAUGAUCAUAUCUGUGUUGAGUGCAUCAGUAUAAAUUUGGGAAAUCCAAAACUUGUUUUGGCAGUGUUUGCACCAGACAGCCGGAGCAUCGACAGAAUUGGCGGAGUCGUACAAAAGGUGCUGUCAGAAAUGCUCAUUGGUCAACAUUAAGAUAUUUUCAUUGUAUUGGUUGUAUGCUUUCUGAAAGAUGAUGUCCAAACAGCUAUCUUCACUCACUGGUCUUCUCUUUGUGAUUUGCUGCUGUCAUGGUGGGAAUAUCCUGGUGUGGCCCGAGGAUUGUAGCCACUGGGUGAACAUGAAAGUCAUUUUGAGAAACCUCCACAGCCACAGUCAUAGCCUUACCGUGGUGCGUUCCUCUAAAAGUUGGUAUAUCCAAGAAAAUACUUCCCUUUACAGCACCAUCACAGUCGACCCAAUGGAGACCGAAGAUGUGGGCUCUGACUACUUCAUGACGUUGAUAGAGAGGUCACUGGAGCUGCAGAGGAUGUCGCCUUUCUUCCGUUUCUUGGGACAGCAGAAAGAUAUCGCCAAUGUGCUGAAGGUGUUUCACAAUGGAGCGCUUCAAAUGAUUUCUGCCGUUUUGGACGAUGCAGGACUUGUCAAACGCUUGCGAGAAGCUAAGUUUGAUCUGGUGUUAACAGAUCCUGCAUUCCCAGCCGGUGUCCUCUUAGCCAAAUUCCUCCAACUCCCCAUGGUUUACAAUGUACGUUGGCUAAAUGCAGGGGAUGCUCACAUGCAAAUUGCACCCUCUCCUCCGUCCUAUGUCCCAUUGUACAAUUCAUUGCUCCACUACCAAAUGAACUUCCUACAGCGGACGGAAAAUGUUCUAUGGUAUCUGAUUAGCGUUUUCAAGGAGCGAUGCAUCAUCGUGCCAAUUUACAGUGAACUGCUUGAGCGCCAUUUCCCUCCCGGCGCUGAUCUGUUGUCAAUGCAGCAAUCUGCUGACAUUUGGUUGAUGAGAAUGGACUUUGUUUUCGAGUUUCCACGGCCCUCCAUGCCUAACGUGGUCUACAUUGGGGGCUUUCAAUGUCAGCCGCCUCAAGCACUUCCUGCGGAGCUGGAAGAGUUUAUGCAGAGCUCCGGGGAGCAUGGCGUUGUCAUCAUGUCCUUGGGAACAGUAGUCAGCGCUCUUCCUACAGCGAUCACAGAGGCCAUUGCUACAGCUUUUGCUGAGAUCCCUCAGAAAGUCUUGUGGCGCUACCACGGGGAACGACCCUCAACUCUGGGAAACAACACUUUACUUCAAGAGUGGUUUCCUCAGAAUGAUCUGCUAGGCCAUCCAAAGACUCGUGCGUUUGUCACUCAUGGGGGCACCAAUGGUAUGUACGAAGCUAUUUACCAUGGAGUUCCCGUCUUAGCUUUGCCGCUCCUCUUCGACCAGUUUGACAAUGUUCUGCGACUGCAGGUUCGAGGUGCGGCUCGAGUUCUUCAGGUCGCAACACUUACAUCGCAAGAAUUCCUUGAAGCCCUCAAAGAUGUCCUCGAGAACCCGCUGUACCGAAGCAGCGUGCGCAAACUAUCAGAGCUACACCGCGAUCAACCCUUGACUCCUCUUGAAAGCGCCACUUUUUGGAUCGAGUAUGUUAUCAGACACAAAGGAGCAGCUCACCUUCGUCCAGAGGGGAAUAACUUGCCUUGGUACUCUUAUCAUAGCUUAGAUGUGUUGGCUUUUCUACUGACAUUCAUUGUGAUUGCUCUUUUGGCCUCAGUAUAUGUCUGCAAGCUUUUGUGUUGCAGGAAGUCAAUCAAAAAGAGGAAGGUGGAAUGAAUCGAGCUUGAACAUUUGAUAUGUUAUUUUUGAAGAGCUGAUGAAACACUGAAUUAAAUGCAGCAGACCAAUAUUAUUCUUAUUUUUCAUAUCUAAUUAUGUUACAAAAGAUGUACUGCUUAAGUCAUUCCUGUAGCAUGGUGCUAGCAACACCAAGGUCAUUGGUUUUAUUUCCAGGGAAAGCUUGAACUGAUUAAAUGUGUAUGCAAUGUGAUUUGCUUUGGAUAUAAGUCUAUCAAAUGCGUGAAUGUAAUAAUAUGUGAAUGGAAAAGCUCUCUUUUGGUAAACCUGAGUUUGUUUUAUUAAUAUGACUAUGGAAUGGGGGAAAAUGUAAAUGCAAAUUUGUAAAUGCAAUGCCAGAAUAUUGUCAAACAAUACUUUAGGAUUCUCAGUACCAGAUGUGAUAUCAAACAAGUAUGUUUCUAAUUUUAUGGUCACGACUAAUCAAACUCAUGUAAGUUCAAUAAUGAAGUAUAGCAAUCUUUGUACUUUUUUGUGCAUUAAAUUCUUAGAACUGUAUGCUGAUCUUUUUGUGGUGUAUUCGCCAAAUCCUCAACACUUUCUAUGUUCAUUAAUCAACGUAAUCUAGUUUCUUUAUAGAAGCCAACAACAUGUUUUUUUUUCAUGUCAGCCUUGAUAUUGUUCCCUCUCCUACUGUGAAUGCGUUUUAAAUCAUCAAUAAAGGUUCAAGCGGCAACUUC